AUGUCGGACAAUGGAAGCAAUGCAUCCAGACGGUCUUCAUCACAGGCAUCACGGGCUUCCAACGACAGCAAGAAGACAAGGACAAUCCGCGGCCAACCCAAGCGGGCAGGCUCCAUGACCUCAAAUGCGUCUCUGGCAGACCAUGAUCCCUCCUUGACUUCGUUUCCCUCUCUCGACACCGAGCACGAAUCUCCGGCAGAAAUAGAUCCUCGCCAGUUGAUUGCUCAGGCGACCAUCACAAGGACUACUUCCCAGAAAGCGAGAGACAGAAGGGCGACUCUAGCAGGCCUGACAAACGCCUCUCCCUCUGUCACACGAGGCAAUGCGCUGUUCGAUGACUCUCCAAGAUCGUCCCUCGACACACCAGGCUCCCUCCACCUGAGCAGCGACGAGCACAUACAACGCCUGAUAGCAAAAGGAGGGGCAGUCAAAUUGAUCAGACAAUAUGCCCAAGAUUUGGCACAGCGCGAUGCAGAGAUCUCGGCACUCAGGAUAAGAGCAGACAACCGCGAACGGGAGCUCAAACGAUUGCUCCGGGAAGCAGAUGUACCAACGGCGGAAAUCGAGAAAAGGUUGCUGAGGCUCGAGCAAGGGGCUCACGAUGCACAUGCCGACGCCAGUGGCCGUCAGAAGAGUCUCGGUGGGCUGCUAGACGAUGCUAUGGCCACGACUAUGUCGGUCAGCGUCUCGUCGCCUACAAACGAGAUUGGAAUGCCUGUCCCAAUCCUACAGCAGGUCCCAACGACGCGGCGCAGUCCUGCCAAAGCAAGUGCCACGUCCAGCCAGCAAAGCAGCCGAGCGAAUAGUACUCUCAGCCAGACGAGCGAUCCGGAUCAGACGCUACGGCCCAAGGCGGCAUCGGGUCCCGGUAGAGUCGCGGGCCUACAGAGCAUGUUUCAGCCUCCUCAGCAAACCUCGAGUUACUUUAUUGGUGGGUCAAAAUCUGUCAAGAAGCCAAAAGCUGCCGACGAGGUUAGUGUCAGGUCAACACAGUCUUCUCGGUCGUGGACCCAGAUAUUUGGCGGCAAAGGCACUGGUCGCGCCCGUGCGUCUUCCCUAGUAGAGGAGACGAACGGCCAACCGAGCAAGGCGGAAUCUGCUCUCGCAAAGCUAUCGAAGACGGUCACGAAUCCCCAGCCAGCACCGCAUCGUGGCAGUACGGGCGGACUGCCGAGUGGCACUCUGAAAGGCCGACCUGCUGGUCGUAGGACGACUACGGCAUCUCGACUCUCCGCCAGCCCGAACCACAACAGAAAGGACUCGAAUGCAAGUCUCCCUUUGACAGUGGAGAUGGAUAGCGUGGUUGAGCCUGCUGAACUCCCUCCAACAAUGACACAUAACAACCACGAUACCUCAGGAGUGCUGAUGGAUAGAUUUGGUUUCAUCUACGAUCAGCGACGGCGAAAGCGGCAGUCUCUCCAGCUUCCUAAGCGUCGGAAAAAUCAACUAAGUGCAGAAGCAUCCAGUAUCAGGUCCGAUGUAUCGCCGCCAGGCAGCGAUCCCGUUCGAUCUGCAACACCUCUUUCCAUCAACGAGGACGACUCGAAAAAGUCAUGGCAAGAGUAUCUGAAGCCAGCUUACUACCAAAGCAGACCCAAAGAAUUGCUACUACACACCCCCUCUGCUGGAGCUGUCGUCACCGUCAGCACAGUGGGAGCCGCGGGAACACUCACACCACCGAGAAUUCAUUCCGCCGAAGGUGGUCUGGUUCCUACACGAUCAACAUCACAACCUCAAUCAUCGCACGUCAACGCGUCGACCGAAGGCCACACAACCGAGGAAGAAGCCGAGCAAUCCCACGGUCACACACACGACAGCACUCCAACAAAACUCCUCCUCGACCAGCUCAACGACCUCCACGACUCCAUGCAAACCGAGCGCAUGACCAAGUGGAACAGCUUCCUCCGCGCCGUCCGCGCCGAACGAGCCAGCAACUACACCACCGAAAACGCCUCCUCCCUCAAAAAUGCACCCGAAGCGGACCUCCUCGACGGCGAGCUCAUCGGCAUAGCCACCCUCGGCCGCUCCGCCAAACAACGCGCCAAAUACACCCACUUCAAGUCCCUCGUCCUCGCCGGCAUUCCCAUCACACUCCGCCCCAAGAUCUGGCCGAAUGCUCGGAUCACCGCCGACAUCCGCCGCACCCUGACCGACAACAUCUUCUUCCAAUCGGGCCCCGGUGUGAAGCGCCUCGACGAGGUUCUACGCGCGUACUCCCUCCACAACCCCUCAAUCGGUUACUGCCAGGGCAUGAACCUCAUCGCCGGCUCGUUGCUGCUCAUCUGCGCAAAUGCGGAAGACUGCUUCUGGCUGCUCGUCGCUGUCAUUGACACGAUCCUCCCCAGCGCCUACUUCUCCGGCAGUCUGCUCGUCGCGCGCGCCGAUCAGAUCGUGCUGAGGGAGUACGUCAAGGAGUUGCUACCCACUUUGUCCGCAAAACUAGACGAGUUAGGGGUUGAGCUGGAAGCGUGUACCUUCCACUGGUUCCUGUCGCUGUACGCGGGCGUGCUCACGGGAGGGGAAGCGCUAUAUCGGAUCUGGGAUAUUGUGCUGACGCUACAUUCUACGGAGGCGAUGCCGACGUUUAAUGAGACGAAUCGCACGACUCUCACCAACACCCUGACAGUCGACUUCCCGAGUCUACCCAACCCGCUGAACAAUGCUUUGAACAGCAUCUCCGCGCCUACUACACCCGUUACGGCAUCCAACCCAGCCGCAACAGAACCGCCCACAACUCCCUCCACGGUAGUCGGAGGAGUCGAAGCGCACGACGGCACCUCCUCACCCUUUCUCUUCCAGAUCGCACUCUCCCUGCUGUACCUCAACCAAUCUGAGAUCUUGAGUUUGGAGACGCCGGCGGAAGUGUAUAGUUAUCUGAAUCACAAUGUCACGGAUCAUGCGGUCAGUGUGGAUGCGCUGGUGCAGGCGAGUGAGGCGCUGGGGAAGAAGGUCAAGAGGGGGGACGUGUUGGAGAAGAGGCGGGCUGCUGUGAAGGUGCUGGGUGGGUAA